UGCAAAGGACAUUUUAAAAUCUAUUAACCAAGAUUCAUCCAAUUCGGCUACUCAAUUAUCAUCUCCUUCGACCUAUAGAACACGUAUGACUAUUAAUUGCUAUUGCCAAAAAUGUAAUAGCAAAUUAGUUGAUCCUCGUACCAAAAAUCGACAUUCUCAGUCUCAAACAGGAUUUAAUGAAUUAAGGCAACCAACCCGGAUUGCUUCAGAAUUAAGUGGCCUGAGUCAACAAUCGGUAACAACAAUUGAUUCAAGGUCAGAUAAUGAACUUCCAUCUGGCCCUGAUAAUGAACUUCCAUCUAGCCUUGAUAUGGAUGACUUAUCAUUUUUACCAAGAAAACAAUUGGCUGAAGAAAUUCGAUAUAGUAAUAUUAAUGAAUUUGAAGAUUAUUCAGUGCCAGAUAUCGACUAUGAAAAAGAAUUUCAAUCUAACCCUAGAGUAUCAUCUAUUUUUGAUGAUAUAUUAAUUUGGCUAUUAAAAUAUCAAAGCCAGUUUAAAGUAUCUGAAGAGGCUACUGAAGUUUUGGUCAAAUAUAUUCAGCGACUUUUAUGUGAGUUUGGUGAUGAAAAUAUAUUUCAAAAUUUUCUAAGCUCAAUGCAUAAGCUUCGAAAACAUCUAAAAAUCGACAACUUUAUAACAUAUUCAGUUUGUCCGAAUUGUGACAAAUUAUAUACUGAAGAGGAG